AUUUAUUUGUUCUUUUCAGCCCAUUCUAGUUUGCAUGCAGCACUGCUGUACGUUCUUCAGUGUCGAGCAUGCCAUCCCCUUUGAUCAUUUUGAUAAUCAAGAAUCUGAACAGGGAAUUCCCUGAUCUAACCUGGAGAAUAUCCAUAAUCUAACAAAGCUCAUCAAAUCACAAUGUAUUCGAAGAGCAAGAUCAGUGCUUGAUGACCAUUUCAAUUUUGAUAGUGGAAAAUACACACUUAUGGAGACAAGUACAGACGAAAGGUCCUGAAUGUUCCAUGCCCAAUUCCAACAGUUGCAUUGGUUGUAUAAUUAUUUUUGUUAUUAAGCUGAUUAGGUCAAUUUAAUUCACUGUACAUUUUUUAAUAAAAAAUAAAUUUCUUCUGGUUAUGUUCUUCAUCCCAAAGUGUUAUACACUUGUUGAUUACCUCCAUUGUACAGUUUUUAGUACCCAUACAUUAUUUAGAUUAUCCUUCCGGUUUGUGCGCUUAUUCCCAUACCAAUCAUAAAAAAAAAUCAAUCUGGAUGUUUCUUGCCCUUUUGCGCAUGCUCAAAUUCAUAAUUGGAUAAGUCUGGAUUGAUCAGGGAAAUGUCCCUGCUCAGAUCGUGGAUGUACAAACGGGGUUUAACAUGCUAUAAAGCAUAAAUGCAGAAAUACUCCAAACUUGAAAUGGGCUGAAAUGCACCAGUUACGUGCUUUCAAAACCGCUGAAAAGCGAGACCAAUGAAAUUUCUAUGGGAUGUAGAAAAUGAAAUGACCUUUCUAUUCAUGUACAUUUAAUUGAGAAUCCUAGCACAUUUGGAGUUUAUUCAGCCCUGUGUCACAGGGACAUUUUUUGGGGGACGCUCUAUAUGUCACUAAAAUUAUCCUAUUUUCAAACUGACAUAUCAUGCAUAUUGAAGAACAAUACGUUCACUUAUAUUUUAAAAGAGUUCUACAUUUUUAUCUUACCUGAACUAGACCGGGAUAAUAUAUGUUUCUUACAGAACAAGUGCAUCGGACACCCCCUUCAUCACACCACAACAACACAUGCCAUCACGAAAUAUGUAUUUGGUUUCCAUUAAUGACAAACCGACACCUCAAGAAGAUAAUACACACGAGGGAGACAUUCUACUCUCCAACCAAUCAGGCAGACAGAAACCGAUUGUAAACAGCAACCCCGUAUCUGUCGCAACCAACUCUUCUACAUCAUGUACCAAACUAAAGGAAUGCAAGUUGCAAACUUGUGAUAUCACUAAGAUCUUAGACACCGACAUUAAUACUGCUUGGGAGGAUUGGAAUACAGCAAACAAAACACUCCUCGGGGAAUUAUCCUCUAGUGAUGCCAAUUGGUCUACACACGAAUUACCACUCAAUCCUGAUGUAGACAUGGAUGAUGAAGGGUAUACUCCCCUGUACAAUGCAGCUUCAGUAGGUGAUCUUAAAGAGGUUGAGGAUCUAAUUUCACAAGGAGCACACCUAGAGUCACCAAGCAAGGGUGGUCUUCAGUCUAUUCAUGUAGCAGCUAAAGAAGGACAUGCAGAUAUUGUGGUUCGCCUCAUCCUGCACGGAGUGGACCCUAGUGUCGAAUGUGAAAUGGGUCAAACACCUAUUCAUAGAGCAGCAGUAAAUGGGCACAUCUGCAUCUUGAAAAGUCUUAUUGCAGAAGGGGUCAAUGUCAACAAGGCUGAUAAGCAAGGUUGGACACCAUUCAAUGCUGCUUUCCAAUGCGGUCAUCUAGAAACUCUCAAAUAUCUCAUUGAUAAAGGUGCCAAGCAAAACAGAUACGCUAAAAUGACCCCAUUCUAUGCUGCAGCUGAAUUCAGUCAUUUAGAUAUCAUAAAAUUCUUAUUUUCCAAUGGGGCGGAUGUGAAUGAAGAAGAUGAUGAUGGGAUGAUUCCCCUGCAUGGAGCUGCUGCAAAUGGUAACGUGGAAAUCAUGGAUUACCUCAUUCAACAAGGGUCUGAUGUGAACAAGGCUCGUACAAAGGGAUGGACACAAUUCAUUGAUGAUAUUGUGUCUGGUCAUCAAGAGGCUGUCAAAUAUCUCAUUGAUAAACGAGCCAAGCAGAACAGAUAUGCUGGAAUGACCUCAUUAUGUGCUGCAGCAGAACUCGGUCAUUUAGAUAUCAUGAAAUUCUUCAUUACCAUUGGUGCGGAUGUAAAUGACCAAAAUGAUAAUGGGAGAAUAGCAUUACAUGGGGCUACUAUCAACAGUAACAUGAAAAUCAUGGAAUAUCUGAUUCAACAUGGAUCUAGUAUGAACAAGGCUGGUACAAAGGAUUGGACACCAAGCCAUUCCGCUAUUCAAUGUGGCCAUCUAGAAUCUGUGAAAUAUCUCAAGGAUAAAGGAGCUAAGCAGAAAAAGUAUGGUGGAAUUACUCUUCUUGCCGCAUCUAGAUUUGGUCACCUCGAUAUCGCGAAAUUCUUCAUUUCUAAAGGGACUGAUGUGAACGAAGAAAAUGAUGAUGGGAGGAUACCUCUUCACGGAUCAACUUUCAAAGGUAACAUAAAAAUCAUGAGAUACCUCGUCGAAAGAGGGUCUCAUGUGAACAAAGCCGAUUCGAAAGGGGAGAAACUGUUCAAUGCUGCUAUUCAAGAAGGCCAUCUAGAAGCUGUCAAAUAUCUCCUAGGUAAAGGAGCCGACCACAACCGGUUUCGAGGAAUGACUCCUCACUAUGCUGCAGCUCAGUUUAAUCAGUUAGAUAUCGUGAAGUUCUUCAUUUCUAAUGGCGCUGAAGUGAAUGACGAGAAUGAUAACGGGAGAAUUCCCCUUCAUGGAGCUGCUAUCAGUUGUAACAUGAGGAACAUGGAAUAUUUAAUUCAACAAGGGUCUGAUGUGACAAAGGCUGAUUCAAAGGGGGUGACAUCGUUAAAUACUGCCAUUGAAAAAAAGCACCGAAAAGCUGUCAAAUAUCUCAUGGAUAAAGGAGCCGAGGAGAACAGAUACGAUGGAAUGACCCCACUCUAUGCUGCAGCUCGAUUCGGUCGCCUAGACAUCGUGGAGUUCUUCAUUUCAAAGGGCGUUGAUGUGAAUGAAGAAAAUGAAUUUGGGAGGAUUCCUCUUCACGGAGCUGCUAUCAACGGUAACAUGAAGAUCAUGAAAUAUCUCAUCCAACAAGGGUCUGAUGUGAAUAAAGCCGAUCCGGAAGGGUGGACUCCAUUUAUCGCUGCUAUUCAACACGGCCAUCUAGAAGCUGUCAGGUUCUUCGUAAAUAAAGGAGCAUUCCAAAAUAGAUUCUCUGGGAUUACUCCACUCGGUGCCGCAGCUCAAUCCGGUCAUUUAGAUAUCGUGAAAUUCUUCAUUUCAAAUGGCGCUGGUGUGAAUGAAGAAAAUGAUGAUGGUAGAAUUUCUCUCCAUCAAGCUUCUAUAAAUGGUAAUAUGGAAAUUAUGGAUUACCUCAUUCAACAGGAUUCUGAGUUGAACAAAGCUGAUCCAAAGGGUUGGACCCCUUUCAAUGCUACUAUCCAAUACGGUCAUCUAGAAGCUGUCAAAUAUCUCAUAGAUAAAGGAGCCAAGCAAAACAGAUAUGCUGGAAUGACCCCACUCUAUGCUGCAGCUGAAUUCGGUCAUUUAGAUAUCGUGAAAUUCUUUAUUUCCAACGGGGCGGAUGUGAAUGAAGAAGAUGAUGAUGGGAUGAUUCCCCUACAUGGAGCUGCAGCAAAUGGUAACGUGGAAAUCAUGGAUUUCCUCAUUCAACAAGGGUCUGAUGUGAACAAGGAUAGUACAAAGAGUUGGAAACCAUUCAAUGCUGCUAUUGUGUACGGCCAUCUAGAAGCUGCCAAAUAUCUCAUAGAUAAAGGAGCCAAGCAGAACGGAUAUAAUGGAAUGACUCCACUCUAUGCUGCAGCUCGAUUUGGUCACUUGGACAUCGUGAAAUUCUUUAUUUCCAAUGGCGCUGAUGUGAACGAAGAAAAUGAUAAUGGGAGAACUCCAUUACAUGGAGCUGCUAUCAACGGUAAUAUGAAGAUCAUGGAUUACCUUAUUCAACAAGGGUCUGAUGUGAACAAGGCUAGCACAAAGGGUUGGACGCCAUUCAAUGCUGCUAUUCAAUUCGGUCAUCUUGAAGCUGUCAAAUAUCUCAUGGAUAAAGGAGCCAAGCAGAAAAGGUACGGUGGAAUUACUCCUCUUUAUGCCGCAUCUAGGUUUGGUCAUCUUGAUAUCGCGAAAUUCUUCAUUUCCAAAGGGACUAAUGUGAACGAAGAGAACGAUGAUGGGAGGAUUCCUCUUCACGGAGCAACUUUCAGAGGUAACAUCAAAAUCAUGACAUGCCUUGUCGAAAGUCGGUCUCAAGUGAACAAGGCCGAUUCGAAAGGGGGGAAACCGUUCAAUGCUGCCAUUCAAGAAGGCCUUCUAGAAGCAGUCAAAUAUCUCCUAGAUAAAGGUGCCGACCAGAACAGGUUUCGAGGAAUGACUCCUCUUUAUGCCGCAGCUCAGUUUGGCCAUUUAGAUAUCGUGGAAUUCUUCAUUUCCAAUGGCGCUGAUAUGAAUGAAGAAAAUAAUAAUGGGAUGUAUCCCAUUCAUGGAGCUGCUUUAAAUGAUAUCAUGAAAAUAAUAAAAUAUGUAAUUCAACAAGGGUCUGAUGUGAACAAGGGUGAUUCAAAAGGGGGUACACCGUUUAAUACUGUCAUUCAAGAAAAGCACCCAGAAGCUGUCAAAUAUCUCAUCGAUAAAGGAGCCAAACAGAACAGAUAUGAUGAAAUGACCCCACUUUAUGCUGCAGCUCAAUUCGGUCAUAUAGAUAUCGUGAAAUUCUUCAUUUCAAAGGGCGCUGAUGUGAAUGAAAAAAAUGAAAUUGGGAGGAUUCCUCUUCACGGAGCUGCUAUCAACGGUAACAUGAAGAUCAUGAAAUAUCUCAUCCAACAAGGGUCUGAUGUGAACAAAGCCGAUCCGACAGGGUGGACUCCUUUUGACGCCGCUAUUCAAUACGGCCAUCUGGAAGCAAUCAAGUUCUUCGUAAAAAAAGGAGCAAAUCGGAAUAGAUUUGCUGGGAUGACUCCACUAUAUGCCGCAGCUCAAUCCGGUCAUUUAGGUAUCGUGAAAUUCUUCAUUUCAAAGGGCGCUGAUGUGAAUGAAGAAAAUGAUGAUGGUAGGAUUCCUCUCCAUCAAGCUGCUAUAAAUGGUAACGUUGAAAUCAUGGAUUACCUCAUUCAACGAAGGUCUGAUAUUAAUAAGGCUGAUUCAAAGGGUUGGACACCAUUCAAUGCUGCUAUCCAAUUCGGUCAACUAGAAGCUGUCAAAUAUCUCAUAGAUAAAGGAGCCAAGCAGAGCAGGUAUGAUGGAAUGACUCCACUCUAUGCUGCAGCUCGAUUUGGUCACUUGGACAUCGUGGAAUUCUUCAUUUUCAAGGGCGUUGAUGUGAACAAAGAUAAUGAUAAUGGGAGAAUUGCAUUACAUGGAGCUGCUAUCAACGGUAAUAUGAAGAUCAUGGAUUACCUUAUUCAACAAGGGUCUGAUGUGAACAAGGCUAGCACAAAGGGUUGGACGCCAUUCAAUGCUGCUAUUCAAUUUGGUCAUCUUGAAGCUGUCAAAUAUCUCAUUGAUAAAGGAGCAAAGCAGAACAGAUAUGAUGGAACGACCCCACUCUAUGCUGCAGCUCGUUCCGGUCACUUAGAUAUCGUAGAUUACUUCUUUUCCAAUGGCGUUGAUAUGAAUGAACAAAACGAUGACGGGAGGAUUCCUCUUCACGGGGCUGCUUUCAAAGGUAACAUCAAAAUCAUGAGAUACCUCGUCGAAAGAGGGUGUCAAGUGAACAAGGCCGAUUCGAGAGGGGGGAAACCUUUCCACGCUGCCAUUCAAGAAGGCCAUCUAGAAGUAGUCAAAUAUCUCCUAGAUGAAGGAGCUGAUCAGAACAGGUUUCGAGGAACUACUCUUCUCUAUGCUGCAGCUCAAUGUGGUCAUUUAGAUAUCGUUGAAUUCUUUAUUUCUAAUGGCGCUGAUGUGAAUGAAGAAAAUGAUGAUGGAAUGAUUCCCCUCCAUGGAGCUGCUAUUGAAGGUAACGUGAACAACAUUGAAUAUCUCAUUAACCAAGGGUCAGAUGUGAACAAAGAUGAUGAAGAGGGCUGGACGAUAAUAAAUGCAGCAGUUCAGUUUGGCCAUGUAGAAGCUGUAAAACAUCUCCUAAGAAAUGGAGCAAUACAAGGGAGAUUUGAAGGAAUGACACCACUCUAUAUUGCAGCACAAGCCGGUCAUUUCGAUAUAGUCCGAUUCUUGGUAUCCAACGGUUCUGACGUCAAUGAGGAAGAUGACGAAGGGAUGAUUUCUCUCCACGCUGCUGCCCGUAACGGUAACAUUGAAAUCGUUGAGUAUCUCAUUCAGCACGGCUCUGAUAUAAACAAGGCAAGCAACAAUGGGCUGACACCACUUAAUGCAGCAAUCAUUCAAGGUCAUUUGAAAGUUGUCGAAUUUCUCAUGGCAAAAGGAGCUAAGUGUUGCCGUUAUGAAGGUAUGACCCCACUUUACAUCGCUACGCAAUAUGACCAUAUAAAAGUCAUGGAAUUUCUCGUGUCCAAAGGAUGUAAUGUGAACGAAGGGACUGAAAACGGGAAAUCACCCCUUCAUGCAGCAUGUUAUAAUGGUAACAUUGAUAUGGUAGACUUCUUACUUCUCAACAAUGCUGAUGGGAAUAUACAAGAUCAAGAUGGUUGGACCCCUCUUCAAGCCGCUGCACAAGAAGGUCAUCUCCAAGUAAUCGAGUAUCUUUCAGCACACAUGAAGGAUACUGAUGGUGUAGAUUCAAUACAGGCGUCGCCAAACACAAAUCAUUCUACCCGUCGAAUAAAGGGAAAUUUGAGUACUGAUGUCUGUGCUCAAAUUGCGACACUAGAUCAACAAUUGAAAAUCCAUCAGAAUGCAAUCACUGCAGAAGAUGCGACGGCAUCCUCGACGGACCCACAGGCGCAGUCAGGUUCAACACAUACAAACAAAUCCAAGCUCCAGGUGCACAAUAUUAAUGAAGAGAAUGUAUUCAUUCACGCUGAAAUUGAAGAAGAAAGUUGUGAUGGACACUCAUUGAAAGCUCUUCCGACAGGGACCCAUCAUCAUGAGGAUGACGCAAAUGGCGAUCGUACUCCUUUCUUUGGUGCUCAGCCGAAAUCUCCGAACACAUCUAGACAGGAUCAAACACAAGAUCACUUGGAAGCUGUAGAUGACAUCAUAACUAGGACAAGACAUAACGAAGCCAAUAAAAAUGGCCUUCCGAAAUCCCCCGGACAUCAGACAUGGGACAGCAGAUUUGAUCCACCAUUUAUACGGACCCUUAACUCCGUCAUGACUAGUGCCGAGCUUUCAAAAAAUGGAGGGUCGAAAUGGCAUCACUUAGGUGAAGAGAUUGGACAAACGAGGAAAUGUUCCAAACCGAUUAUCACAAGAAGGGAUCCUUCCAAUGAGAGGGCUUCAUUGGAGUCAAACAGCACCUCGAAAACGACACCUUCUCCAGUCACUAAUCAAAACUUCUACGGCAAACAGUAUAUCUCCCACAUAACAACAUCAUCUGUAAACAAGGUAUGGAGAAUCUUGGUAAGAUAUCAGUUUUGUCUUUACCUACAAAACGAUAAUGCAAUAUUGAUGUAGAAACCAGUUUUCUUCUCAUCAGAACAAAUUUAUGAUGAAGGUAAAACCGAAGGCUCACAUUUGAUAUCGAUGAAAUAGUGAAUAGUAUCCCUAAAUUAGACCUCAACAUAGCCAAUCUUGAAUAAAAUUAUUGGAAAUGGUUUUUUGACUGAUUUGAGUAGAUAUGGGUGUCAACAUUUACCCCAAAAGUUAGGAGGAAUAUGGAUUGGGGAAAGUGCUUUUUUUCAAGGUCAAAUGUUAAUGACCUUUUCAUAUAUACUAUAUAAUGGUAUAUCUGAGAUGGAAAAGCGCAGGGUGGUGAUAAUGGUGUCAAAAUUCACAAUUUCUUACCAGAACAUCAAAUAAAAUUAAGUACCUACAAAUCACAUUCACCAAUCAAAUUUAAGGUCAAAGCUUUUCAAAGGUCAAUGACCUUUGUUUACAUUAUAUCCCAUACUGUAUAAUGGUAUCUCUGAGAUGAUAAGGUACAGGCUGGUGAUCAUGGUGGCAAAAUGUACAGAUUCUUAC